AUGUUGGACUCUGCAGCAGACUCCUCCGUCUUUGAGGACCGGCCUAGUAACUCUGAAAAAAUCGCGCACGAAAUCCCCACCGACACGAACGCACCGACACAAUGGCGCCAAAUUGUGAUAUUGUUGGCGCUGUAUCUGGUGAUGUUUGCAGUUGCGCUGGACAACACGAUACUUGCACCUGCUCUCGCCGUCAUCACGGACGAUUUCCACUCCCUCGACGAUAUGGGAUGGUACAGCUCGGCCUACCUACUGACAAUGUGCGCCACGCAGAUCCUCCACGGUCGGCUGUGUACCAUGUACUCCAUUAAAUGGGUUUACAUGGCAAAUCUGGUAAUCUUCGAAAUCGGGUCCGUCGUGUCGGCGGCAACUCCCACCUCGGUUGGCUUGAUACUUGGUCGAGCCAUCACAGGAAUAGGCGCGCAGGGCUUCUUUCGGGGACUAUCUUACUCAUUGCUGCGAGUGUGUCUUUGCGGCUUCAGGCAACGGCUCUGGCGGUUGCUGGGCCAUUACAAGGUCUCCUGGCGAUGGUGCUUCUACAUAAACCUCCCUCUGGGCGGAGUCGGCGCCGUGGUCAUCCUUUUCUUGUUCCAUGCGCCCUCUCCUACCUUUGUCCCUGAUGCAACGAAAGGCAGCCGACUAAAACAGCGAUUAGACCAGCUCGAUAUUGAAGGCACAGUACUCUUCAGCGCCUGCAUUAUUUGUCUCCUACUGGCCAUCGAAUGGGGUGGGGCAAAUGGCACUGGAGCAACGGCCAAAAAGAAAGAAAUGGCAAUGAUCCCACCAAGGGUAGCUGGAAGCCGGAAUGUCUGGAGCUGCGGUCUAUAUAGCGCUAUGCUUGGAGCUGCAUUUUAUAUUCUCGUGUACUAUCUCCCGAUAUGGUUCCAGGUUAUCAAAGGCGCGUCCGCCGUACGCUCAGAUAUUAUGAACCUUCCCAUGCUCGCAUCGCUGAUUGUGCUCUCCAUUCUCAGCGGUGCCUUAGUCUCCGCCAUGGGAUACUACCCUCCCACUAUGAUCUUGGGCUGUAUCCUGGUGCUCAUCAGCACCGCCCUGAUGACCACCUUUACUCCGGACACUGGGACCGUCAAAUGGGCUGGCUACCAAGUCAUCAUGGGUGCUGGGAUUGGCAUGGGGGCGCAGCAAACUGUCCUCGCUAUGCAGGCUUCACUGCCCGCUAAAGACGUGCCUGUUGGUACAGCGCUGAUGAUAUUCUAUCAGACGCUUGGAGGUGCUCUUAUCCUAAUCGUGGCGCAGAAUGUUUUUCAGCAUGAGCUGGUGAAGAGAUUAACCACUAGGAAUAUUCCUGGUGUAGACGCGAGCAGUGUGGCCGCUGCGGGAGCGACGGAGGUUAGGGACCUAGUGCCCGCCGAGUAUUUGGGAGAGGCGUUAGAGGCGUAUAACGAAGCGGUGGUGAGGACGUUUUAUAUCUCGGUUGCAUUGGCGGGCGUGGCGGUCUUAGCAACGUUUGUGCCGGAGUGGAAGUCGGUUAAGACGGGGGUGAAGAAUAGGGAAGAGCAGGACAAUAUCGAAAGCAGAAGGAAUGAGGUCCUGUAG